AAGCUACAUUUGCUGGUGCGCAGACGGAAGACUGGGGCCAGUUCAUGCACAUCUGCGACGUAAUUAACGCUACUCAGGAUGGGCCAAAAGAUGCAGUGAAAGCUUUGAAGAAAAGGAUUUCCAAAAACUACAAUCAUAAAGAAAUCCAACUUGCUUUGUCACUUAUUGAUAUGUGUAUGCAGAACUGUGGGCCAAGCUUCCAGGCUCUGAUUGUAAAGAAGGAAUUCAUUAAAGAUAGUCUAGUUAAGCUGCUGAAUCCCAGAUAUACCUUGCCAUUAGACGUUCAGCACAGGAUCUUGAAUUUCAUUAAGACUUGGUCACAAGGUUUCCCCGGAGGUGUGGAUGUCAGCGAAGUGAAGGAAGUGUACCUUGACCUGCUCAAGAAAGGUGUUCAGUUUCUUCCCCCAGGUGCAGAAGCUGAAGCAGCAAGACAGGAGACUCCUCAGACUUCAUCGCUUCCACCAGCGUCUGUCCCGACGGCACCAGUUCUUUCUCCUGUAACUGCUCCCAGGAACACAACUAUUACAUUGGUCCCAGAACAGAUUGGAAAACUGCACAGUGAACUGGAUAUGGUGAAAAUGAACGUGAGAGUGAUGUCUGCCGUGUUGAUGGAGAACUCUCCCGGGUCUGAAAACUCUGACGACCUCGAGCUUCUGCAGAAACUUUAUAAGACGGGUCGGGAGAUGCAGGAGAGGAUCAUGGACCUGCUUGUGGUGGUGGAGAAUGAAGAUGUAACCAUUGAGCUAAUUCAAGUGAAUGAAGAUUUGAACAAUGCCAUUCUUGGCUAUGAGAGGUUUACUCGAAACCAACAACGACUUUUGGAGCAAAAUAAGAGCCAGAAUGGAGCUACCAAUACCUCCAGGGAGCCUUCUGCUCCAUCCCCUGAUCUCCUUGACCUGAGUCCUAGCCCCCUGAUGCCUUCAGCCACUCAGGGAUACUUCAACAACAUGAAUGCUCAGCUUUCAGACUUAAGUUUCAGCUCUCCAAGUCCUGUUGUAACAAACAACUCAAAUUCCAGUCUUUAUCCACAUGUGGACUUGUUAGCCUUGGAAAAUACAGAAAUAACCCUGUUUCCCCAAAGGACCAGCCAAAACCUCACUUCAAGUCAUACAUAUGCUAAUUUGCCACAGAACUCAAGUUCAGUGUUACUACAGCCAGUUAGUCUGCAGACCGUCACAACCACGCCAUCAAACCACGGGCCGCCAUCCCUGCCUAAUCACCAACAAGCGACAACAAAGAAUGAUCAGCCACCCAAUUACUAUGAAGUAAUGGAGUUUGAUCCUUUAGCUCCUGCUGCCACUACAGAAGCUAUUUAUGAAGAAAUUGAUGUUCAUCUCCUCAAAGGAGCUCAAAAUAACAGUGACUGUUGAGGUUAAAGUGAUGAUCAGCUCACUACAGCACAGGAGUACCAGCUUCCUAAAGAGUAGUCCCUGUCCAGCUUUGAAGCCUGAAGCACAAGACCUACCAACAAGUGAAAGCAACAGCUGACCACCUCCCUUCUGCCAUCAUGAGGUUUAAACAAGUGUAAACAGUUCCAGGGUAAUAGUUAUGGUUCCUGACAACACUCUUACUUCAGUAGCAUAUGGGUGUAACAAAUACUGACUUAAAACUCGAACAGAAGAAAAAUGGCUUAGUACUCAGGCCAACCAGUUUAAUCACAGUAUCUUACGAUG